UUCCUAAAACCCCUUAUUUCACUCACCCCCCCCACAAAAAACAUGGUGAUGUUACAAUCACCUACAAAACCCACAACGGAUACCGCCCCCCAAACUCCGGUGAAUGGCUCACAGCUGAGUCCAAAUUCCCAACCGGAUUCACCCAAAUCGAAUACUUCGCCCGAGGCCAGCAACAAAGCCAAUGCAGUCAAUGACAGUUUAAUGAGGGCACCCUCGCCUAAUGCAGGCUUAGCUUCGCCCACGGCCAAGAUACCGAAAUUUAUUAUAACGCCACAACAAAAUCAACAGGCUGUGAACAAUAACAACAACAACAACAACAAUUCGAAUAACAACCAUCUCAGCGGCAUAAAAACGAAUGAGGAAAGUUUGCGUUAUUCCAUGGAGAGAUUAAAACAAAUGACCGAACAACAAAGACGUUCCUCAACUCCUACUAAUGAGGAGCAGGAGGGGGAAGCCUUAACAGCUAGGCUUAAUAAUAAUCGCCGUUCUCAAUCGCCAACAGGAAAUGCAACAGUUAAUGCCACUCCACAGCAACAGCAACAACAACAACAGCCCACACAUCCGCCUGCUACCGCACAACAGCAACAACAGCUGAGUUUUAUAAGCGCCACACCGCAACGCAAACUUUUGGAUUUAAAUAGUGUACGUCAAUUGGCACGUCCCGAACCUUUGCAACAUCCUCAUGCCGCCUUGCUGCAACAACAUCCGCAUUUAUUGCAAAAUCCCCAAUUUUUGGCAGCAGCCGCUCAUGCCCAUCAACAUCAUCAUCAUCAUCAUGGUCAUGGUCAUGGCCAUCAGCAUCCUGUGUUUCAUCCUCAUUUGCCGACGGCUGCUGCAGUGGCAGCCACCGCAUUUCAUUUGAGAGCUCCCCCGGUUCUAGCACCGGCGGCUACUACCACUUUAAGUUUGCCUGGGCAUACCCAUCCUUCACCAGCUCAUUCUCCUCUAUCGCCACCUAAUUCGCCUCAACAUUCCACAGAACAAACGGCGGCACAUUCUAUAACUUUAAUACCCACAACGAAUGCCACGGUAUCCAGUGUUCUACCUCCUAAUGCAGCUCCUCACACCAACCUGCCCCAAAUGUCAAACAUACCCCAAAUGCCACCUUCAUCACUACAACAACAACAACAGCAGCCGCAUCCCGCAUCAGCGGCGGGGCAUUUAUCAUUGAGUCCCUCAUCAUCUUCAACCACAAUAUCAUCGGUAUCUGCGGCAUCCUCUUCCCAUGACAUGGAUUUGGAAAAACUAAAAUUAGUGGCCCAGGCCCAAGCCGCUGUGGUGGCUCGUUCAGCUGCCUCACAGGCAGUCAAUCUGAAUGGCGCUGGCCCUGGCAUUGCCAGCCGUCCCGAUUUAAGUGAUUAUGGUUUUAGAAUACAAUUGGGUGGUUUGGCUGCUGCGGCGGCGGCUGCUGCCGCCACUUCCAGACAAAUUGCCGCCGCCAAUUAUGCGCGCAGUGAUACAAGUGAGGAACUGAAUGUGGAUGGCAACGAUGAGGAGAGCAAUGAUGAGGGUUCCCAGGGACCACCGUCGGUCUGUCCCGUCGACUUAACCCGCUCUGUGCCAAAUGGUCAUGUUACCUCAACAACAACAUCGCCAACAUCAACCACCUCAACGCCAACAACAACCAGCGAAAAAGAAACCAACAAACGUUUGGCCUUCUCUGUGGAGAACAUUUUGGAUCCCACAAAAUUCACAGGGAAAAUGCAACAACAACACUAUGCAAAUCAAAGGCAAUGGAGUUGUAGUGGUAGCAGUAACUAUGAUCGUGAUGAAGAAAUGCAUGAUGACGAGCACAGUGAGGAUAUGUCAGCCCAGGACCUUAAUGACAUGGAUCAGGAUGACAUGUGCGAUGAUGGCAUGAGCGAUAUUGAUGAUCAUGCCAGCGAAACGGAUUCCAAAAAGGGUGAUGGUCGCUCUGGCGAUGGCAAAUCGAAUAGCAGUGGUGGUGGCUCUAAGCCACGCAGAGCCCGUACCGCCUUUACCUAUGAACAGUUGGUGUCCCUGGAGAACAAGUUCAAGACAACGCGUUAUUUAAGUGUAUGCGAGCGUUUAAAUUUGGCAUUGAGCUUAUCGCUGACUGAGACGCAGGUAAAAAUUUGGUUUCAAAAUCGUCGCACCAAAUGGAAGAAACAAAAUCCCGGCAUGGAUGUCAAUAGUCCCACAAUACCACCACCCACCGGCUCCUUUGGUCCAGGUGCCUAUGCCAGCAGUCUCUUGUAUUCGCAUACAAUGCCCUAUUCACCAUACGGACCCUAUUUUCAUCCCUUGGGAGCGGCACAUCAUUUAAGUCAUUCGCAUUCAUAAAAUUGCAAGAUGCAACAUAAAUUGUUGCAAAUAAUGGAAAUGCGAAAAUUUCGAGGGCAAAUAAAGGAUUAGAAAAAUAUCCUUUAUCUCAAAAAAAAAAAUGUGAUGAUAAUUGUAAAAAAAAA